AUCUCGUUCAUGCGCAAUGGCACGCCCCCUGUCUCUGGAGGACCAAAGAGCAGCCCGAAAGUUUGCGCAAUCCCGCUCCACCUCGCGGCGGGUAUACAGCCAAUCAACUUCGGGGAUUCCUAUGUGGGCGGGACAGUGUCUCUUCGAGGCUUUCUUGUUACCGGCAUUCCAGCCAAGCAAGAGGGUUCUGAGUUCGGUGUUCUCUUUGGUUUCUCAAGGGACUUUGGCUUUCGGCUGUCUGUUAGUUCAGCCUGUGAGGGUUCAGAGAAGGGCUAGUAGUUAGACGCGCUCUAGUAAUCCAGCACAACAUAUCCGGCAAAGCAGCGGCGAGAGGCCCGGCGCUCCCAUCAUGGCUGACAACGACAAACUGGACAACCAGCGGCUGAAGAAUUUCAAGAACAAAGGCCGCGACCUGGAGAGCAUGAGAAGACAGAGGAAUGAAGUUGUUGUGGAACUGAGAAAGAAUAAGAGAGAUGAGCAUUUGCUUAAAAGAAGAAAUGUUCCCCAUGAAGAUAUUUGUGAAGAUUCUGAUGUUGAUGCAGAUUUCAGAGUGCAAAAUACUUCACUGGAAGCCAUUGUACAGAAUGCAUCAAGUGAUCAUCAAGGCAUCCAGCUGAGUGCUGUGCAAGCUGCAAGAAAACUCCUCUCUAGUGACCGUAAUCCACCAAUUGAUGACUUGAUUAAAUCUGGAAUUUUACCCAUUCUGGUUCAUUGUCUGGAGAGAGAUGAUAACCCUUCUCUUCAGUUUGAAGCUGCGUGGGCUUUGACAAACAUUGCAUCUGGAACAUCUGAACAAACACAAGCUGUGGUUCAGUCAAAUGCUGUUCCACUCUUCUUAAGAUUAUUGCAUUCCCCCCAUCAAAAUGUUUGCGAGCAGGCAGUCUGGGCACUGGGGAAUAUUAUAGGUGAUGGACCUCAGUGCAGAGAUUAUGUGAUCAGCCUAGGUGUGGUUAAACCUUUGCUGUCGUUUAUCAAUCCAUCCAUUCCCAUUACAUUCCUAAGAAACGUUACCUGGGUAAUGGUUAAUUUGUGCCGUCAUAAAGAUCCACCGCCACCUAUGGAGACCAUUCAGGAGAUUCUUCCUGCACUCUGUGUGCUUAUACACCAUACAGAUGUAAAUAUAUUGGUCGACACUGUCUGGGCCCUCUCCUAUCUGACAGAUGCUGGUAAUGAACAAAUUCAGAUGGUGAUAGACUCUGGAAUAGUGACAAACUUGGUUCCUCUUCUGAGCAACCCAGAAGUUAAAGUGCAGACUGCUGCUUUGAGAGCUGUUGGUAACAUUGUUACCGGAACUGACGAACAGACCCAGGUUGUCCUAAAUUGUGAUGCGCUGUUGCAUUUUCCAGCACUGCUGACGCAUGCCAAGGAAAAAAUUAAUAAGGAGGCAGUAUGGUUCUUGUCCAAUAUCACUGCAGGCAACCAGCAGCAAGUUCAAGCAGUGAUCGAUGCCAACCUUGUGCCUAUGAUCAUACACUUGUUGGAUAAGGGUGAUUUUGGAACCCAGAAGGAAGCUGCUUGGGCUAUAAGCAAUUUAACAAUCAGUGGAAGAAAAGAUCAAGUUGCAUAUCUUAUCCAACAAAAUGUUAUCCCUCCAUUCUGCAACCUGCUCACCGUCAAAGAUCCCCAAGUCAUUCAAGUUGUGUUGGAUGGAUUAAGCAACAUUUUAAAAAUGGCUGAUGAGGAUUCUGAAACUAUAGCCAAUCUUAUUGAAGAGUGUGGAGGCCUGGAAAAGAUAGAACAACUACAAAGCCACGAGAAUGAAGAUAUCUACAAACUGGCAUUUGAAAUAAUUGAUCAGUUUUUCUCAUCGGAUAUUGAUGAAGAUUCUAGCCUUGUCCCAGAAACAAUCCAGGGAGGAACAUUCGGCUUCAAUUCAUCUGCCAACGUACCAGCUGAAGGGUUCCAGUUUUAGGAGGAAUGGUUGGAAGUGAGGUACAUUGCAGCACUGAAAACUGGUUUGAUCCAUCAAGCUUGGCUCAUGGGAUCUGCUGCAUUAAAUCGGAGAAAGAAAUGUGAGGACUUCAUUUGGAUGACAGUGUAGAGCAAAUGAAGUCAAGAUGGCGAGUGGAUGCGAGUGAGAGUGAGUGGCAAAUGUAAUGAACACUUCACACCGAAUGCUUAUAUAGGUUGUGCAGAGGAAAAAGGCUACAGGUCAUAGAUCUUCAGUGCCUGAAAGAGAAAUUGAUGAAAUGCAGUACUAUCAUCAUCAAGCCUUUAAGCAUAAAAGAAACACAUGGGUAGGAUGCCCGCACAAGUCCAAGGAGAUUAAGCCCAGGCCUUGCUAAGAAGCUCCGUAUGAAUGGACAGCAUUGAAUGAAUGUCUGGACACCCAGUUGUGAACCCAGGCUCAUUGUUCGAACGCGAGGCUAUUCACUCAUGAUGCAGACUCCCAGUCCUGGAGUGGCGUGUGAACGAGAGUAUGGGUGUGGUGCUGUAUGUGAACGCAUGCAAGCUUGAAUCGCCUUCAAGGGGUUGACUAAACCUAGAAAAUCACAAAAUCAUAAGUGUUACCUUACACUGGACAUAAAAACAAAGACAUGAUUAGCAGCAGAUUUUGGGUUACUCCUCAGCUGGUUUGCUUUCUUUUACUUUUUUUUUUCUUUCCAUUUUUAACUUCUGUUUGUACGGCUUGUAUAUUUUUUUUUCUCCUGCACAUAAAAUAAGGAAAUUGUGAAGGCAACCCUGUGCAUUUGCACCUGAUGAAUGUGUUCCUGCAAAAUGUUCCAUAUCAUCAGAGCUGAUUCGUGUACAAAAUUCUGCAUGGAACCCAGGACUGUCCCUAAAGCUAAAGGACAGCCUUACAGUACAAGGGGAGACCAAUCGAGAGAGAGGAAACCAUGUGGGUUAUUUGAAGCCACCCUUUCAUUUUCAGAGAGAACAUAAUUACUUUGCAUGUUUAAUUUUAGCUACGUUCUGUUGAGUCCUGUACAGAAGUUUCAGUUGUGGUAGAAGCUGUGCGGUGUUUCAAAUACUUUGGUUUUCAACAUUUUUGUUUUCUAUGAAAAUGAUACGGGGAUGUCUAAAUUGAGAAUUGGUGCGUAUGUACUGCUACUUUCAGAUUACUAGGAGGUGUGACUAGAUCUACUCAUGGUAUCAACACCUCUGCUAUGCCGACAGUUUCUUUGUUUUACAACCUUUUUAUCUUUAGAUGUAGGCAGCCGUGAACAAUCUCUUUUGAGCCACUUUAGGGAGAUUAAAAUUGUCUUUUAAAACUUGCAUUCUUUGCAUGCAAGUCUCUUAUAUUUGGAGAACCGCCUCUGCCCUGAGGUAGCGCACACUAAAUUCAAAGCAGCAUUGAUUAUGUUCUAUUAAGAGAUCUCUUUCUAAGGUGGCUCAUUGUUGGAAAUGCUGUGCCUUCCCCUUGAGCACAAGUGUUGCAUGAACAACAAUUUGCUGUUAUUCAGACGCGCAAGGUUAAGCCACCGUUAGCUUAGAUAUAGCGACUUUGUGUUUAAAGUUAAAUGGUCAUUCUGAAACACUGUAGACUGGAUAAAGAUUAUUUUGUGAUUAUAAUUUGUUGGAUUUAGAGUAUUUUUGUCAUCUGAAGUAUGGCUUAAGGUUACAAUUAGAAACGGCAGUAAACUAGCUUGUACAUUUAUUUAUGUAGAAAGCAAGCUAGGCUGUCAUGGGGAAUAAAGCAUAAACCUUAAGAAACAUUCUAUUGGAUCUUUUUUUUUUUUUUCUCUCCCAUUCCCUUUAUCCAUACAAUACCUAAUGAAUCACACAAUGCGUGGGAUUGGAAUAACCACAUCUUUUCAGACAUAUUAUGAUGCACAUGGACUCUUAAUAACCAUUAGUCUGUCAAAACCCCACAACCUUAACUUCGAGCCCUCCUAUUCAUGGGGAUUGUGUAAAAAGUUUGAAUUUUUUUUUUAUGACUCCCAGUAGUUUGAUUCGGAGGCACCAUGGCUGUUGGGUUGUAUUGUUCUGAUCUGUGUACCCACUAAGAGUAAAAUGUGAUCUAAUUGAGAAGGAAAGCUACGAAGCAGUUUAUUGCCAAUAAUUAGUCACAAAAGUGCAAGCUAUAAGACUAUAUUUAUUCUACAGAAUGCUUUACCAUACCUGAGUAAACUGCUCUAGAAGCUCUUGAUUUGCUUAGGAUAGCAGCUGCCAUAUUAGCUGCCAUACAGUGGCAUGAUGUGCUAAUUCAUUUGCAUGCUCACAAUUCUAAAUACAAUAACAUAAGAAAAACCAUCCUGAAAGAUGGAACAGUGUCUAGGAGCAGAGGCCUAAGGAUCCCAGUGAGAUGGUGGGUAACCCUGUGAGUUUUACAGAUCUAGACGUUACACACACAUGUACCUGAGAGAACCUUACAAAAUAGGGAGGGCUUCUUGCAAUUGGGGGGGGGGGGGGUCGAACACACAACAGCUGGAGGGCCACACAUUGGGGCUCAUUUAUCAACACUGGGCAGUAACCCAUAGCAACCAUUCAGUGCUUGGCUUUUUUCAGGCAGCUGUAGGUAGAACAAUGAAUGCAGCAAAUUGAUUGGUUGCCAUGGGUUAUUUUUGCCCAGUGUUGAUAAAUGACCCCAAGUGUAUUUCUUGGAUUUAAAUAUUAAAACAAAGCUCAUUACCCAAAGCAUUUACCCUGACCAACCAUUUUCUCAGGAUGCCCUUAAACCAAACCCUGUCAUGUAUAGUAUCACCUGGUGUAAAUAUCACUGACAGUUGUUCAAUUACAACUUCUUGUAUCCCACUGGCAACAAUAAGCUGCUGGGAGUUGCACAUACUCUCUAGGAUAUUCAUAAAACUUGUCGUCUCUCCUGUAUUCAAUAUAGAUGUUCCGCAUGGAGAGCAUGCAGCUGUGCUCUAAACUAAACGUCUAACAUCAGAGAAUUCACCUUGUAAAUCAGGACUCCAGCUUUUGAGUGUUUGGACUCUACUAAAUAUUUCCUACGCGUGUAACACUUCUCUAAAAGCUUUGCAUUAAAUCUGAUUGACCAUUAUUAUGGCUUCAUUUAAGCAGCUUUAUUCCACAUGGCGUGGGGAUUGUAUCGCUAAAAUAAAGGGUAAGAUAAAAGCUAAACAAUGUAUUUUCCAUUUUCUAUCCAUUACACAGUAGAGAAAGAGCUCACUGUAUGUACAGCAUGUUUUCAUCCUGUAAUUGUAUUUGCAACUGCCAUAUAGACCUACGUAUUUCUCCACAGGCUAUUGACUCUUUGAAUUUGAAUCAUAUGGCAGCUCCCUCUAGAAUUAAAAAUGUAAAAAUAAAAUGGAUUUUCUGUCAUCACUAAGUUAUACCCUUAUCUCUUGGGGGGUGGAGCAAGAUGACUUUCUGUUAGUAGGGUAUAUUUUCCCUUUAAAUGCUUAUAUUGCAUUGGGGUUGUAUUCUGAUUGAAUAAAUAAGCAUUCCUGCAUUAAGGCAGAGUUAUGGGUUUGCUUUGUAUCCUUGCCAAACAAGUAAAAACCCACUGCAACAAAAAGAGGAUGUUUUAAGUUGCUAAGAAGUGUCAUCCAUAAUGUGAAAGUUUAUCUUUGGAAAAUAAAUUUCUUUUGUGAAACCUC